CACGGAGGUUCUGAGAGCAUCCAUAUCAGCGCUCCCUGCCAGUUGCGCACAGAUCAGGCUCCGUCCAAGUAAACCCGAAGGACUAUAGAGUUUGUUCUGUGGACAAAAUAAACAUGGAGAAGGUCAUAUACAUUUUUAAAAUUCGCAAGGACAAAGGGAGCCUUCCAUGGAUCUGGAUCUGCUGGGUUUCACAAAUUACACCGAAUACUAUUUGAAUCGCUGAAGCUCGUCCCGGUGAAGGAAGCGGUAAAGCUUUUGUUCUACGUGGAAUGAAAAGACUAAAUAACAUAUUAUUUAUUCAGUGCAAGAAGAAUGCAAGUAUCGUCUGGGACAAUGGGUUGUUUCUAGCUGACACACCGUGUGCAGCGCAUUUCAGCGCCGUUACGCGCGUAUAGAUCCCCGGUCACCUGUUGAAGUUGCCAGAUGCGGGGUGAGCUAUUUAACGUUUUGCUUUCAAACGGAGGUUUGACUUAAACAUCGCUUAAAAAUAUGAUUGGUCCGUUCUACCGGCUCUAUAUGAUGCACUGAUUCCCCGGUAUGUUGUAGGAUGAGCGCGGAUCUGGAGCGCGUUUCGAUCAACACGUCGGUGAACUCGGGCGGCCGUGCGCUUUCGGCAAACGUCCGGAGGCUCCACAACGCUCUUAACCUGCUGCUCAGCGAUCUGGAGAGAGAGCAGUUCAUCCACUGUCUCAAUGUGUACCACGCCAAGCGCAACGUCUUUGACCUGGUCCAAACUCUCAAAGUGAUUCUCAACACGCCCGGCAAACGACAGCUGCUGCCCAUGCUUCGCCUGGUCAUUCCGAGGUCCGACCAGCUGCUGUUCGACCAGUACACGUCCGAGGGACUUUACCUGAAGACAGAGCUGCUCCCCAGCAACGGCAGCGUGGAGGUCUUUGGAGACGAGGGCGACUCAACUCUGCAGGGAUAUGUCAGUACCAUCCAUGAGCAGCCCCUCACCUCCGGCUGUCCGGACGGUUUCAGCGCCGCCGCGGACCUGUCGGCCUCCAUUGCCCCGCCGUUUUUCGAGGGUCCUUUUGGAGAACUGCGCAAAGUCAACCUGACGCGCUCCAGGAGCCACGAGGGUCUAGGCUUCAGCAUACGCGGGGGGUCGGAGCACGGCGUGGGGAUCUACGUGUCCCUAGUGGAGCCCGGAUCUUCGGGCGAGAGAGAAGGACUGAGGGUUGGGGACCAGAUAGUGACCGUGAACAACAUAUUGUUUGACAAUGUCACUCACGUAGAAGCGGUGAAGGUACUAAAGGGAUGCAAACAACUGGCUAUGUCAGUGUGUUCCAUGGGUCGGAUCCCCGGAGGCUACAUUACCAACCACGUGUACAGUUGGGUGGACCCUCAGGGCCGGAGUGUCUCCCCACCACCCGACAACCAAGAGGCCAACCAGAAGCAAGGACGUGGCAUGGAGGAGAGGACAGUAAUCCUGAAUAUGGACGAUGGUCGCUCUCUAGGCCUAAUGAUCAGAGGUGGUGCUGAAUAUGGACUAGGGAUCUACAUCACUGGAGUAGACCCUGGAUCUGCUGCAGAUGCUGGUGCACUAAAGGUGGGUGACCAGAUCUUGGAAUUAAACGGUCAGAGCUUUGUCACCAUCUCCCACGAUGAGGCAGUUCACAUGCUCAAAACAGGACGGCACCUGCGGAUGAAGGUGAGGGAUGUGGGUCGUCUGCCUCAUGCACGCACAGUGGUGGAUGAGACCAAAUGGAUCUGCAGUCAGGCCAUAGCUGAGACCAAUGCUACAGCUAACACAAGUUCUUUCACCGACCCCACUGUCAACGCUGGCGUCCACGUUAGUGCCAUUGCCAGUACCUGCAGCACAAGACCAUCUUCAGCCAAAGCCACACCUAUAUUAGGGAAGCCCGCAGCAGACAGAGGUGUAGGCCCACCAGGUGCUCAGGUGUCUCUGGAUCAGCAGGCCUAUAUGCUGUUGACGGAAACAGAGAGGCAGACCAUGGCCUACUACCUGCAGGAAUACCAAGAGGGACACAUAGGAGUGGAGCCACUGGCUAUGGCUCUGUUUGAGCUUUUUAACACACAUGCAAAGUUGUCCAUGUUGUCAGAGGUGAGGAGUCUGGUGGCUCCCCAGGACUUGGAGUUGUUUGAUGGGCUGGUGUUGCACUGUGAAAGGGAGGCCCACCAGGCCUGGUAUGGAGGCCUGGGAGUGCUGCAUCCACAGGGCCGAGGAAACCACAUAGCCCCUGUGAUCCAUGAUGCAGGACACAUCGUCCCUGCCACAACUGACGGCUCUAAUGGUAACUGGAUCCAAAAAGACCCGGAGGAGAACGCUAAUGCCUUACAUAAAAUUGCACUGAACGGAACGCAGGCUUCAGGUGAAUCUCCUUCAUUCUGCAGGCCUGUCCCUCUCAAAGCUCAAAUCAGGCCGUCCAGGGAGAAAGACCUCAGUCAGAAGCCUCCAGCCCGGCGCAUGCAGCCUGGAUCCAGCCUGCUCUUCACAGGACCCACUCGGCUGCUUCAGGAUUGCCUCCAUAAGUCGCUUAAAUCCCUCCCCACCACCCACCACUCCCCAGCAGCCUCUGCCCACCACACCUGCACUGGUGCCAGCCACCACACUUCUCUCAAUGCACUCCAUCACACCUGCCAGAGUUCAUUUCAGCUCUCUGACUCUGAACACCACAACCCCAACUUUGCUAAUCACCUUCACCACCAUACCUGCCCAGGCUUCCUGCACCGCCAGGACUCCUCCAGCUCUGCUAAGCUAGACACAUCUGUCAAGCUCGCUAGCAGAUCGAGCUCCUAUGAGAAGUCCUUAUACUUGUCCAAGUCUGUGCCCUCCUCCAAGGCAGCAUCUCCCAUGCCAUCCCCUCAUCCAUCACCCUUUUCCUCGCCAUGUCCCUCUCCCUGCCCCUCUCUCAUCACAACUGCUGCUCCACCAUAUAGUCCUGUUCGGCCCUGUUCACCUGCCUUCCCCCAGAAAGUCAUCGUAACAGACAUGAAUCGGCUGUCUGCAGACUCCAGACCACAGCAAAGAGGGGCCACCCUGUCCCAGCUUUCAGACAGCGGGCAGACUCUGAGUGAGGACAGCGGGGUGGAUAUAGCUGAAGCAGGAGGUCUAAGUAAAGACGGCAGCCCUCGACCCAUCAAGAACCAGCAGGGCCAAUUGGAACAGCCAGGGGUCCAUGCACCUCCUCUGGGGACCAGACAAAAUAGCUCACCGGCCCCAGUGCCCACUCCUAACGUGGUACGAGUGGUGAAAAAUGCCAACACCCUUGGUAUUGCUAUAGAGGGAGGAGCCAACACACGACAACCUUUGCCACGCAUAGUCACCAUUCAGAAAGGAGGCUCUGCUCAUAACUGCGGUCAACUGAAGGUGGGUCAGAUCAUCCUGGAGGUCAAUGGCAUUUCCCUGAGAGGUCGUGAGCACAAAGAUGCUGCCAAGAUCAUAGCCGAGGCCUUCAAGACCAAAGAGAAAGACCACAUUGACUUCCUGGUUGUUGAUCCAGGACUUUAGAAUCAACAGUGUAUGCCACUUGGCUAAAGAAGACACUAUUUUACUGCUUUACUGUAUCAACUCCACAUAAAUGUCCAAUAAUCAUGAACCUCAUUUUAAUUUCAGGUAAAGGAUUGGUGUAAAUAUAGUUGCUCAUUGCACUUUACAGAGAUUUAGAAAGAAAGGCUAUAACAAUAUUUGCUAAAAUAGUAUUUUGCUUGUGUUUCAUUAGUUUUCAAACCGUGAAUGUUUCACCACGUGGUCUAGAUUAGUAAUGAUAGUGUGGUUGUCAAACCAAAUAAUAUGCCAAAUGUAUUGCAGUCAGUAAAGUCAGCUUUCAAGUUGUACUCUCAUGAUAAAACACAUUCUUACUCCCAGCCCAUCAUAAACGGAGGUUUGGUCAGCUGCCUUUGGCGUUAGUUACUGAUGCAAUAAAUGUUCUGUAGCG